AAGCUCAAACGAGAAACAUACCAUAACAAGGGCCAAUUUCGAGUCACAAAAGAGAUGAAGAAGAGACCAUCUGCAGCUACUAUUGUGCCAAUACUGGUGCUGGUAUUGUGGCUGAUGAUGUCCUCGGCACUGGCAUGCCCAUAUGACGGCAGUAAAUGCAAGGAUUGCAUAGUUAAGCAGAUGAAGUGUGGCUGCCCGUCUUGUGUGCCGGUGCUGCGCUGCAUGGCGCGGUGCCUGUGGAGUGGCAACUCGAGGGCCGACUGCAAUCAGUCCUGUGAUUGCGGCAACAACGGCAACCCGAAGCUCUCUGAUUGCAAGAAAUGCAUGUCCCGGUGCAAGUGCAGCUGCAUGGCUUAUUAAGCACU